AAUACUUCGGAAAAUGGCCGCGAAACAAGCACAGACAGUAUCGCGUUCUUAGUUCUAAAUUGGAUUUCGAUGGUUUUUGCAUCUCGAUUCAUAACAACAUCUGAAACCAGAUGUAGUAUUGCAACAAUUAUUCAAUGAAAGCUAACUGGAUCUCAUAAAGGAGACGAUUGUGAAGUAUUUGCAACUUUAAUAUCUUGUUGAUAAGGAAGCUGACAGGUGUCUUGCAGCGGCCCGUCUCGCAGUGUUACGAAGAUAGCCCACCAAGAUGAGAGUGAACGGACUCGUCCCAGCUCGCUUUCUUACGAUCAUAGCACACAUGGUCAUCGUCAUUGUGAUAUUAUGGUCACGAGAGGAAAAUGUAAUUCAGUGUCUACCCCUGAACUACACAGCUGAUGAAUACAACACCAAGGAUACAGAAAUGAUCAUUGGACUAUCAGUGACUCUAGGUCUCUUUGUCAUAGAACUGAUUGGGUUCAUCGGCGGAAUCUCCAUGUUUAUGCCAUUCCAAAGUUUAUUAUCUACAGCAGCACAUGCCUCAGGGGCAGUGGCUCUCGCAUUCUUCCUGUUCCAACUAUGGUCAUGUGACUAUUACUGGUACGUGUUUGCCUUCUGUGUUGCCCUUCCAGCUGUCGGAGAAAUCAUGACAAUGAUCGGUGUCGCUUUCUUUAGGAAGGGCUUAUAGUGACGAAAGAUCCUGAAACUUGAGAAAUAGUGGACAUAGCCCCCGGAAUUCAAGAUUGUGCAGCAUGAGGAAUAUUUCGUACUAAUACUAUGUGAACAACUCCCUAAGAUGUGAGGAAAUGAUCGUAUGGAUGAGGAAUGACAAUUUAGGAUCCAAUGUACAUGUGACAGCUGAUUGAAUAUAUACCAAUGUAUUAUAGUUAUACACAAAAAACAUAUCCUCAUAUUAUGAAUUACUAAAUUAAUUCAUGUGAGAAAUUGGUAUGUACCAAUGUAUUAAUUUUUAAGUCAACAUGAUAUUGAAAAACUUUCGAGUUGUGUAUAAAAUUAAAAAUAUGAUUUUACUAUUAGUUAAUGAAUUUGAAACCAAAUCAUGUUGAGAUGGUAGUCAUUGAUCCUAAGUGACUGCAUGUACAUAUAGACCUUAUUUAAAAUUAAUAAUGUUGACUGACAAUUUGACAAAUAUUAAUUGUUGCAAACUAUGUAAGUAAUCAUUUUCUUCCUCGCAUUUAAAUGUUGCAAACUCUGUGAUUCAUAUUUAUGAAAGAACAUCAUGAUAUGUAUGUUAUUCCAAAGGAAGUGGUAAGUAUUUGAAAGCUAUGUCCUCUCCACUGGAGUCAUGUUAGAUAACGUGUGUAAACAGUAGGAGCCAUACGGUCGCUUAAAGGUGUGGUAUCUGUCCAUGCUUACAAAGCUAGUGGAAAAUGUCCUACUUAUGUAAUAAAAACUUUAUUUAUUUAACAAAAAGUCCAUAAGAACGAAUGAUGGAGAUUGUGCUAGUUUUUAGCUUAUAGCUGAAGUUUUUAGUGACUCUAAUAUUGGUUUGGGAAAUCAAUGUCUUUGAAUGUUGUUUGUAAGGAUGUAUGUGAUUGUUUCAAUGUUUGGGUGUAAAAUUGACCAGUAUGUAAUUUACAUAAUUGAAAGAAAGUAUGCUUGGAUGUGUUAUUUUUAAAUGAGUGAUAUUAUACCGUCCAUAUGUUUUUGUGACACUGAUGUUAAGGGCUAAAAGACAUUAUUAGUGUUGCAAAUAUAAAACGAUUAUAUUUAAUAAACUGUAGAUCAGAUAUCUGUAUAUAUUUGGAUACAAUUAGAUUUUCUUUUAUAACUAUGCGUUCAGUAUGUAUGUUUAAAAUUUUUGUAUCAAAUUUCAUGUGUCUUUGUGAAAGUGUUAUCUUAUUACAUUGUAAAAGUCUCUGAUAUGAAUGAGGGACUCAAUUGGGAAUUUAUUUUAAAACUAUUUUGACAUGUGUGUGAAAUUUUCAAAAUAUGUUGUUUGGUCAAAAAUAAAAUUUGUGAACUUAGAUUAUGUGUCGAGUUGCAUGAGUUACAACAUGUACUUCCAUAAGUAACAUUUUUAUGUUUUCUAGAAAAUUGUAACACUUGAAACUGACUGUAUUAAAACAUUUUAUAUAUAUAACAUA